GCGCACGCGCAGGGCCGGCGGCGCGCCGAGCGGGGGGCACCGCGCGGGUGCAGCCACGAUGGAAGGGGGUGCGUACGGAGCGGGCAAAGCCGGGGGCGCCUUCGACCCCCACACCCUGGUCCGCCAGCCGCACACCAUCCUGCGCGUCGUGUCUUGGGUGUUCUCCAUCGUGGUGUUCGGCUCCAUCGUGAACGAGGGCUACCUCAACAGCAACUCGGGAGGUGAGACGUUCUGCAUCUACAACCGCAACCCCAGCGCCUGCAGCUACGGUGUGACCGUGGGCGUGCUCGCCUUCCUCACCUGCCUGCUCUACCUGGCCCUGGACGUGUACUUCCCUCAGAUCAGCAGUGUCAAGGACCGCAAGAAGGCCGUCCUGUCUGACAUUGGGGUCUCAGCCUUCUGGGCCUUCCUCUGGUUUGUGGGCUUCUGCUUCCUGGCCAACCAGUGGCAGGUGUCCAAGCCCAAGGACAACCCGAUGAAUGAAGGGACAGAUGCGGCCCGAGCCGCCAUCACCUUCUCCUUCUUCUCCAUCUUCACAUGGGCGGGCCAGGCUGUGCUGGCUUUCCAGCGGUACCAGAUUGGCGCCGACUCGGCCCUCUUCUCCCAGGACUACAUGGACCCCAGCCAGGACUCCAGCAUGCCUUACGCCCCCUACGUGGAGCCCAGCGCCGGGCCAGACCCUGCUGGCAUGGGCGGUACCUACCAGCAGCCGGCCAACGCCUUUGACACUGAGCCCCAGGGCUACCAGUCGCAGGGCUACUGAGCUGCAGUGACCACCUACCCCUCGCCUGUCCCUGCCCCGGUCCCAGCCGCCCCCCGCCAGCCCCCCUUUCCCCCUGCCCACACCCAGACCCUGCUCCCUCCCAAGCUGCCCUGCCCAGUUCUUCAGCAGCCUCUGGGUUGUUCCACUGGGGUCAAGGGCAGCUCAGGAUGGGGUGGGGCAGUAAGGUGUUGGGGGUGCGUCUACAUGUGUGUGCAAGUCUGUCCAGCAGGGGCUGGGGGUGUUUGCAUUCAUCGAUUGUGUCAUGGAGCAUUCAUCGAGUGCCUACUGUGUGUCACUAUGUGCUUGACACCAGUGGUGAGAGACAGAUGGUCCCAGGAUGGGGAAGGCGAGGUACAGAGGAGCCCCACUGGUACCAGAGGUGGGAACUGGUGUGAAAGAUAGACUGGGACGAUGCUGGGAAGGUUUGGCUCCAGGGUAGAUGUGAACAGGUACAGGACACUGGGGCUGUUGCCCAGUCCUACUACGAGUGCUGGGGCUGUCUCCAUUUUAUGGUUGAGGACACCAAGGCCCAGAGAGGUCAAGGCCCCUUGCCCAGGGUCACUCAGGCAGCCAGUAAUAGAGUUGGGGCCAAGACUGACUGCAGAGUACCUGCUGGCCCCUGUCCUCCCUGCCCUCCCCAUCCCAAGCCCAGGACUCCACUGUCAGUGCUUCUGUCACUCUGGGAGAGCUUGGGGACCUCAGCCCAUGAGAUACCCUGAUUCUGCUGCAAGCCAGGGGCCUGUUCUGUUCUGCUGCUCCCCAUGGUGGGAGAGCCCUGCCUCCAGGCCCCCUCCCCACAUCCCCCCAGCCUCUCCCUCAACCCCUCCAGGGUGGGAGGCCAAAGGGACUUGCCUCACUCGCUUGUCUCCCCAUGUCUUGCUCCGGGCUGUGCGUGCCCAACCGGGAGCUCAGCACCCUCUUUCUGGCCUCCCAAAGGACUGACCAUCGUCCUUGCCCAGGGCUGGGUGGACGGGGAGGCCCAGAACAGGGAGCAACAAAGUGGCAGAGCUGGGCUCACUGCCUGGGUUUCUUGGCUCCAGCCACCCAGCAGGUGGCCCAAUUCCCUGCCCUGCUCUUGUGACCUCCCAGGAAACAGAACUGAUCCGGGACACUGUGUCAUCUUCCCCCCAGUCAGGGGUAGCCAGGGGGCUCAGGGGCUGGAACAGCCAAGGACGCAGAGGGGCCUUCCACCGGCCUUCCAGGAGGCCUGAUGAGAACAGAGAGGGCAGGGGCUCUGGAGCCAGCAAGGCCAGCCUUCAAGCCGCUGCCGUGAGACAAACUGCUCCCAGGAUGAACACUGAGAGCCCCUGGCUCGUGGUAGGCUGCAGUGGAGAUGAUAGCAGGUGUCUCCAAAGGCACAAGGACGGUUGGGGGCAGGGAGGGACUCUUGCUCAGGUGGGCUCUUUCCUGAGCCUCAAGGGAUGGGGAGACCUUAGAGAGAGAGGUGUGGGGAGACACGGGGCCCCUCGUCCACUGUCCAGCCCCAGGGGGUCGCGGCUUGGCGCCGUGCUGGAUGUUCCCACCACCAGCGCCCCGUGCCCCGCCCCCGAGAACCCUCCGAGGCAAGGGAUACACACUUGCCUGUUGACUCAGCAGCUAUCCUGUGCCAGGGACUCUGGAGAGAUGCUCGCUGGCCAUACAGAGAUGAGCCCCAUGCCAGCCACUGUACCCAGGGUCCACCAGAGGGCAGAGGAUGAGGCGCCCCUGGGAGGGGCCAGGAGGAUGGGUAGCAGUCAGCACAGCAGUGAGGGAAGGAGAAAGAAUUUCCUAGGUAGAGAAGUAGCAUCCCUCCCCUUAACAGAAGGGGAAACUGAGGCUCAGGAAGUGAGUGUUAAGGAGCUAGCAGUGGAGCAUGGAUCUGAAUUUACGCCUGUUCCAGGACUCCCGAGGGGCAGCAGCAGCAGGAGAGAACCCCAGACAGCUGAGCAACAGCUGGUUGUUGUUGACUUCAGUUUUCCACAUCUGGGGAAGGGGCUCUGUGGUGUCUGGUGCCCCCCCCCCCCCCGUGGCCCAGGUGGAGAUGGGAUGGAACCUGUACCAGACCAGGUUUUGGAAGCAGGGAAGGGUGUGGGCGGUUGUGGGUGUGUUGCUGGUAAAAUGAGUUCUGUGCCCACGCAGGACGCUGAGAGCGGUCCUUCCCCUCACCCACUCCCUAUCAGACACCUCCCCUGCUGAUGGACACCAGGAGACCCCAGGGUGCUGCCCGUCGGUUCUCCCUGGGAAUGGACCAGCUGCUCGUGAUACUGAGCUGGGGGACAGGGUACCACUUACGCUUCCCCCAACCCCUGGGUGUUUCUUAUAGACUCUCCCUGCCACCCCAGACCCGGAGACUUUAUAGGACCCCUGCCAGGAGUGAGGGGCACGGAAUCUUCUCACUUUGUGUUACUCGCUCUACCUGGGGUACAGCCCAGACAUGAUCCCACCAUCAGGCAGGGUGUUGGCAGGGGCCAGCCAGUGAUGGAGUGAGAAACGGAGAGUGUGAGAUGUGGGAGGGCAGGAUUCGGCUGAGACCUAGGGCUCCUGACGCCCCUUCCGGGAGGCCGGCCGGUAGGGAUGUCCUGCUUCCACUGGCUGAGGACAGCCCCCCAGGGGCCCCAGACUUAGAGCCUGUGCUCGCGGGCCAAUGGUGUCCUCUUUUCUCUACCUGCUGCCUCCCUCUGCCUCUCCCUUGCUUCCAAGGCUUUUUUUGGAGAAUCUCCCCCUCCCCCAUGGCCUGACUUGCCGAGUUUGGGCUCCCUCCUUCCACCAAGCACAAGCGAGGGCCCAGGAAAACUGGGUUCCACACAAGUUCAGAGCGGCAAGGACCCUUAGAGAUGGUAGAGUCGGCCGGGAAGACAGUCGCUUGUCCACAGUCGUGCACCGAGUUAGAGGUUGGGGAUCUAGGUCUCCUGCCUCUGAGUUAACACUCAUCCUACACAGUCACCCGCUGUCUGCCUGGAUAUGACCUCUGGUACCUGGCGGUGUGACAAUCAAUGACUAAUUCCCUGGGGACUGGCAUCCGCUCCCCUAUUCCAACCUUCCCUGGUGGUUUUUGAUCUUCAAAGACUUGGGGGUCCCCCAAGGCUUCCCCAUGUAACCAAGAGCCCCCACUUGUUAGCCCUGAAGGGCCCCCCAACCUUGGCCCAACACCCCUUUGAUUCUCUAAGGAGCAGGAAGGGGAAGCACCCCUCCCAAGAGUUUGUGGGAGGAGGGGCUGAUCCCGCCAUCUCCCAGAGCUGAACCCUUGGUGUGACUCUCCCCAACCCCUGGUGCCCACAGCCCUUGUCUGGGUGUCCCUGCCCUCCCGCAGCGUAACUGCCUGUGUAUAGUAUAAAUAUAUAUAUUUUCUAUAUAUAAGAUGUAUAAUAUAAGGCUCCAUAAUUAUAUCUAUGUGUGUGUGCGUGCGUGCAGUGAAUGGUGGUCCCCAUCCUGGGCCCCUACUCUGGACUCCCUCACCACCUGGUUAAGUCUCAAGAGUGAAUCCAGUGGCCCCGCGGCACCCUCCUUUAUGACAUCUGUCCAUUUGUGGUGAACCAAGUGAAGGUGGUGACUUCUGGUGACAUAGUAAUAAAGUGAAGACAAACCCA